GAUCAUGGAGGAAGCAAAGGAUGACACAUGUGUGGGAUGUCGGCAUGUUUUAAUGAAAAUCAAGUUGCCAUAGACAUUUGUCCCUCGAAAACAUUACUUUCACGCGAGGGCAUUGUAGCAAAGAACCUGCGAUACUCCCAAAAUGGCCUCCAGUAAAGAAUCUCUAGGGGCCUUGGAGAAUCUCAUGAAUGAAUUUUUUGGGCCAGCCACAUCUAAUGAAAGAAAGAGAGAAAUAGAGGAAAUCCUACAAAAUUUUACUCAGACCAAAGAUUCUUGGCAGCACUGUCUGUACUAUCUAGGCAACACCAACAAUGAGUUUGUGAUGAUGUUCUGUUUGACUGCCAUUGAAAAUUUGAUUCACAAGCAAUGGGUUGGAUUUCAUGGACAAGCCAAACUUGAAAUACGUACCCGGUUGAACCAGUUCCUGCUUGACCACCACAAUCAUUGUCCAUCCUUUAUUAAGUUUAAACUGGUCAAACUUGUUGUGGACAUUGGCCGUAUAGACUGGCCACAUUUCUAUCCAGAUUUCUUCAGCAGUAUUUUGGAGUUGGUGCAACGAUCUGAGACCACCAUGCUUGGAAUAAUCCUGCUGCACACAGCCUCUGAGGAACUGGCCUCACCUCGCGAGGACCUCAGCAUGGACAGGAAAGAGGAACUACAGCGCCUCCUACUGGUGCAAGUACCCACUAUUCUUUGCCUCCUAAACACUACACUUGAAGCUAUACUGGAGAAGCACCGACACCUUGUGGCUGCCACGCCCCCUCCCUCCCCCACUCAGGGAGGGAACGAGACUCCUUCGCGAAAAUCCUCCUGGAUGUUGUUUUCCUCCUCGCCUGCAGCCGACAGUCUCCUAAGUAACAUGUUUAAAUCACCAGGAAAUCGUGUUCAAUUGGAGGCAUUGCCUCCCCUAGAUAACUCUUCAAAGGAAGUGUGUAGUCUAGCUCUACAUUGCCUCGCAGAGUAUUUCAGCUGGAUUCCACUGUCAUCCACCAUCACACCUUCAUUGCUUAGUACCAUAUUUCAUUUCGCAGGAUUUGGAUGUGAAGCCAAAAAAGCUGUUAAUUCCAAUCGGACCACAAACUUUAGUUCUGACACGUCGUCCCUGGGGAUUUGGGCGAUGAACUGUAUAAAUGAGCUUUUAUCAAAAAAUUGUGUUCCCCAGGAAUUUGAAGACUUUUUACUACAGAUGUUCCGACAGACUUUUUACCUGUUACAAAAGCUCACCAAGGAUAGCAGUACAAAUGCAACAGGGAAUAGGCUAUCAGAAAUUGAUGAAAGUUAUAUUGAAAAAUUCACAGAUUUUUUAAAGUUAUUUGUGAGUGUUCAUCUGCAAAGAUUUGAAGCCAACCUACAAUUUCCUGUUUUGGAGUUUCUAGCAUUACUACUCAAGUACACUUUUAGACAGCCAACAUAUGAAGGGUAUUUCAACUGCCUGGACACAUGGAAUACCUUCCUUGACUACUUGCACACCAAGUUAAAGGAGAGGACCACAGACAGCAAUCUACUCGUGGCCAGAUACCAGGAGGCGCUGCUGUCCCUAGUGUCUCACAUCCUACAGAAGUUACAGUUCCGCUUCAAUCAGUCACAGCUCGAGGAACUGGACGAUGAGGUUCUGGAUGAUGAUUCUGAAACAGAAUGGCAGCAUUUUCUACGGCAAAGUUUGGAGGUGGUUGCCAAAGUUGCAGAAAUUCUCACAGCAGAUGUUUUCAGGUUACUUUAUGAGCCGUUCCGGGAGCACCUGGAGAUCUACCUGGGACUGGAACGAUACUUGACUAAUGGUGGCCAGGGGCGACACCUGACAGUAACGGCAGAGAACGAGUGUCGUCGCCUUCACUGCUCCCUUCGCGACCUGUCAUCCCUACUUCAGGCACUUGGUAGGCUGGCAGAGCAUUUCAUCGGAGAGAAAUUCCCGGACAGAUUCACAGACGGGACCAUGCUGAUAUCAAGGUUGAUCCACACAGUGGUCUACGGUACAAAAACCCGCCUGUUUGAGGUGAUGUCAAGUGUACAGAAUGUCCUCCAUACAGACUUCAUUGGAGUCCAUGCUCAGGCGAUUGCAUCAGUGAAGGCAUUCGCUCAUUGGUUGGGUCAGUAUCACAGCGAGUCCCAGCGUGUACCGGAGGAGAAGGAGAAGUUUGCAACACUUACAUCAUCACUACUCGACUCUCUCCUACCUCUCAUCACUAAGGAGACGCCAGAGAAGAUAAUCCACUCUGCAGUCCACCUGGUGUUAUCUAUAGCCACUACAGUCCGGCCACGGUUCUUACUCCAACUGACCAGUAUUCAGUCCAUGUUCCAGGUGGCGAGCCAGGGAGGCUACGACCAUCUUUCCAACGAGGUUCAGCUGUUACUGUACCGAUCUCUGAGUCACUGCCUGCUGUUAGCCUGGCCUAAUUUGUCUGAUGGAGAACAAGACUGGGGCAGUCGUGCUGCCCACCACGUCACAUUUGUGGGUCAGCUGUCGCGCAACUUCCUUCAGCUCAAACCAAGGGUGGCUACUCUGGCCUCUAACAAGGCUCUACAGGAGGAGGCUAAACCAAUCAUUAAGAAGACACUGCACAUUUUUGAGGACUGGAUUGAGGCUAUAGCGGGAGAGGUGGUGCGAAGUAAACAGCUGUGUUACCAGUCCCUACAGGAAGUCAUACAGGUGGCGCUGUCAGUCUUUCCUGUCUACCUUCAGCAGCCAGAUGUUAUUGAUAACUUCAUGAGUUUUUUCUUGGCAUUAUUCCAAGGACUGAGGGUCCAGAUGGGAGUGCCAUUUACUGAGCAAACAAUUCAGACUUUUAUGGGGCUGUUCACAAGAGAACAGCUGGCAGAGACAAUCAGUCAUGGUAGCAGUGCAGCUCAGGGAGUAAUAGAGAAAUUUCUGAAGAUUUUAGAGCUGAUUGUACAGGAGCCAGGCUCUGCCUUCAAAGCUUUCCUACCCAAUGUGAUAUCUAUAUGUAUGGAUCAUGUAUAUCCCAUUAUUGCCCAGCGUCCAACUCCCGAUAUCAAACAAGGGCUGUAUGAGCUACUACACACUCUUUUGAUGAACAAUUGGCGACACUUCUUCAAAGGGUCAGUUUUAACCAUGUUACAGACUAAAACAGAGGAGGUAGUGAAUGCUGAUCAAUUUACACUUAUCAUGCAGUCGUACGGACAGUCCUUUCUGCAGUCUGAUAUUGAAGUGUUUAGACAGAACCUCAACUCUCUGCAGCAACUCAACUCAAAGUGGAGGCUGUACCAGAAGCCGAUCUUCAAGGAUGUGAUGUUGUUCCAGUUUACAAGUGUGCUUCUCCAAGUUCUAGUCCACAGGUCACAUGACCUUCUCCAAGAGGAAAUCGUCAUGACCAUAUACAACAUGGCAUCUGUAGACUUUGGGAAAUUUUAUUCAGAAUUUUUACCACGGUUCGUUGGUGAUUAUGAUGGCCUGGAUGCUAACCAGAAAACAAUACUGGGCCAAAAUUUCAGGCUUGAUCAGGACUUGCCAUCGUUUAUGCAGAGUGUCCAACGCCUUGUAAAUGAUCUGCGUUUCUACAAACUUGUGAACAGCAGUUUACCAGAAGGCUCUGUCAAUUUCUAACCAAAUCCCACCAUGUACUGCUGAGAUUAGGAACAAGUUCUCUCCAGCUCUGCUGUUGGACGAGAAAUAAAAAAAAACACUUUCCUAUUGAAAACAAAUGCCUAUCAUGAAGUUCCUACAAGGAGCGUACUGAGAUAAAUAGUAACAUUCACUCUCUAUCCAAGCUUUCAGGCGUAGCCCUUCAUCAGGGAUUGAUGACAGAAGAGUGAUGACCAUGCCAUCCCUGAUGGCGGGCGGAGUCCAAAAGCUUGGAUCCAGAGUGAGUUGCUAUUUAAUGUAACACUGACAUAUCAACUCCAAGCUCUGGAGAUGAAAUAGAUAUCUGUGUUUAACUGUGCAAUCAACUGUAAUAAUGAGUUAAUACAGUUUGAAUUGGAAAUUUUAAGCUUUAUACUGAACUGAGAGAGCUCCAUUAAUAAGUCAGUUUAUGUUGCAUGAUUCUUAGCAUCCUGGUAUGAUUUACCUGCCAGCUAAUUGUGGACUUGGCUGUGAUUUACCGGAGACAUAUCAUGUACCUAUGUGGACUAUAAAGUAUACUUUACCUAAGAGAUACAUUAUGUACCUAUUUGUGGACUAGGCUAUGAUUUACCUGAGAUGUACAAUAUUGUGGCUGCAGGUUUGUUAUGUAAAUAGUUUGAGUUUGACUCAUGUUUAUACCAGUGAAUCAGUACGUUAGUAAAAAAUGAUUUUAUGUAAUUUU